AUGGCUAAUAUAGCGAACUUCACUCACUCAAUAAUCAUAAUCGUAGUCACAUGUGAUUACAUUGAUGUUGACAUACCCGUCUCUGUUAACGCAGCAAUAUUCUCGCCAUCGCUUCCCACAGUCCCCAUUCUCAGCAUAGUCGGCCUGCUGAGCGACUCUGGUGCGGUCUCAUACUUCAUUACCAUCAGCUGUGUGCUGGCAAGACGACUGCAUGGCCGACCGCUGCUGUUGGGCCGCUGGUCUUUGGGGCUGUUGUAUACUAAUUCAUCUAUGACAGGAGAGAGUAUACAAGGCCGGUCGAGCACAUUCAUCGCAAUUAGCUUGAUCAGAAGCUAUGGGGUGCAAGGCGAAGUGGAGACCCACAGCUACAGCUUCAUCAGGCAGUUGGAGCACUUCCCAUCUUUCACUAUUCUCCAGAGCAUACAUAUACCUGCGACGCUCACAUCCGUGAUAGAAACGACAAUCAAGAUGGCUACGACCACCCCUCCAUUCAUCCUCACCCGCGCCACACCCCAAGACAUCCCCGAGAUAUGCAGCCUGAUGUACGACAGCUUCCCUCCCCACAUCCGACUCCUAUUCAUGGGCUGCGAAUCUCUCGACGAUCUACCAAAAUACCAAGAACAAUGCAUCCAUCGAAUGCACACCGAUAAAUCCGACAUCUGGAUUCAAGUUCGAGACCGAGCGACUGGCAAAGUGAUUGCGGCCGCGAAUUGGAAAGUCUAUGUCAAUGGCGAGCCCGAAGAUCUCGGAGAGGAAAUCCCGGAUUGGGUUUCUGAGGGGCAGAAAUGGCGGAGUGAGGAGGCGAAGAGGAUUAUGGGGGAGAGGAGGAAGACGGCGAAUCCGGGGCCUUUUGUUCGUAGGUUUUUUUCUUCGACCAUUCAAAAGAUUUCCCUGUUUACUUUUGAUAUUUUGCUCAUACAUAUCACUUUCAGAUCUUCAUAUUUGUUUCACCAGUUCGGAGUACCGAAGGCGCGGCGCAGGCUCGAUGCUAUUACAAUGGGGCCGGUAAACCGAUAG